AAAACCAAUGUGUAAACGAACAGCUACGGAAUUGCAAUCCAACAUGGCCGACUAACAUGGACGCAAAUGACCUUUGAGCGUCUCACUCCAUCAAUGACCUUGCACGUGAUGCUUAAUUUCAGUCACCAAUACAUAUUAAAUCUGAAAUGUAUCAGGUGGCCGAGGGAAUUUUGAAUGUCAAGGCUAAAUAUGCUGCCUUGUGCUAUUACUUCACAAACGUAGAAUACAUCAAACAACCAAAAGUCACGUUCUGCAUACUCCUACUUCCAAGUUUUGUGCUUGUAAUUCUCUUUAGUUUCUAUUUUUUUUUCUCUUGUGAUUUUGAAGUCAAAAUUAUUUAACUUAUUUUCAUUAAGUAGCUAAUCAUCAUAUAAACUUCGCGAUUUUAUUUAAACUAUGUUUAUUUCAAAGUUGGCAAACAGAGGAAUGGAACUAUCAAAAGUUAUUCAACUAUUGGAUAUGUAUUGUUUGCCUCAUUUAGCUGAGAAAUGGGAUAAUGUUGGCCUCUUAGUAGAGCCAUCUCCUCCACAUUAUGUCAACAAGAUUUUACUUACCAAUGAUUUAACAGAACAAGUAAUUGAUGAAGCUAUCGCUGAAAAAACUGGUCUUAUCGUAUCAUAUCAUCCGCCUAUAUUUUCACCUCUCAAGAGGCUUACACAACAACAUUGGAAACAGCGUAUCGUUGUACGUUGUUUAGAGAAUCGGAUCGCUGUAUUUUCACCACACACUGGUCUUGAUGCAAAAGUUGGAGGAAUUAAUGAUUGGCUUUUGGAACCAUUGGCUGUGAAGAGUAAAGCAAAUCUAUCUCGAUCAUCUGCAGUCAAUCAAACUUUGUCUCAGUUGACUGUAGUGAUGGGUGAAAAUUUCACAGAAUUUGUUUUAUCUACAGGAGUAAAUGUGUGCACAACCAAUAUUCAAAGUGAUGUUGGUGUUACAUCAGCUGUUGUUACUUGUCCGGAGUCCGAACUAAAACGUACAAUGGAUGUCAUGGAGGAGCUUAAGAUUCCACUGGUCAGUAUACACACAAUUCAAAAGACAGAUGGGGAAGGAUGUGGACGAUUGGUUACACUACAGUUUCCAGUUCACAUGAGAGCAGUGAUUGCUGCUUACAAAAAAUUUCUAAACGUGGAGCAUUUAACUGUAGCUCUGGGAAGAGAUAAAACCCUUGAUCAUCCAAUUCAAACAGUUGCAGUAUGUGCUGGAUCCGGUGGAUCACUUCUUUGUCAAACACCGCUUGCUUUAACUGCUGAUCUAUUCAUCACAGGGGAAUUAUCACAUCAUGAUCGCCUUGAAGCAGUUUCUCGUGGUAUCUCUGUUAUAUUGGCUGGACAUUCAGUAACAGAGCGGGGAUUUUUCAAGGAUAGAUUUAUUCCUGACUUUCGACAAUUGUUAGCCACAAUUCCUAGUUCUGGUCCCGAUUCUCCCCAUUUGGAAUUGUUAAUAUCUGAUGUAGACCAUGAACCGGGUUGUGUAGUUUAAUUAGAACUGUGCUUCACUGUGCUAUUUUAAUAUGCUUUACAUGUUGUGUAAUAUUAAAAAUAAUAAAUCGAGAUGAUUUUGUCAUUUUUGAACAAAGCAACAACUACAGUUUUAGCAGAAUAAAAUGGUACCAUAUUUUAUUUCGUCGCCUUCUCUUCAGCUGCUUACAGGGCAGAAACAUUAUUAAAUGUAUCUACAAUAACAAUUUAACAUACUUACGCAGAGUUCAUUUUAAACAGAAAUCAAUCGAUCA